AUGAAACUCAAAAUGUUUGAUGGAAUUAUUGACUUUUUAACUCAAUUUGAUAAAAAAUUGCAAAAUUCUACAAAGAAAUCUGAAGAUCUUCUAAAUACAACUAAUAAUCCAAAACAAAACAUUGAAAAAGAGAUACAAUCGCUUAAAAAUCAAAGCAAAGCAAAAGAAGAAGAGAUACAAUCACUUAAAAAUCAACUCAAAGAAAAAGAAAACCAAAGAAAUCAAAUAAUUGAAGAUGAAAAAUUUUUAUUAAGAAUCGAAAAACUUAAGAAUUCUUCUGAUUUUCGCAUGAUUUACAAUCUCUUGGAUGAAAUUUCAAAGAAAGGAAGACAAAAUAUUAUUUCAAUAGCAUGUCAAAAAGGACUUUGUGAAAAAUAUUCAAAAGAAUACCCUUAUGGAAAUGUACUUCAUCAAGCAUGUUAUAAAGGAAAUCUCGGACUUGUUAAAUCCCUCAUUGAAAAUGGAUGUGAUAAGGAAGUAAAGAAUAAAGAUGAUUAUACUCCACUCAUUUUUGCAUUAAGAGAAGGUCAUCUUGAAGUUGUUAAAUAUCUUAUUUCUGUUGGAUGUGAUAAGGAAGGAAAGAAUAAAGAUGGUUAUACUCCGCUUAUUUAUGCAUCAGAAAAUGGCCAUCUUGCAGUUGUUAAAUAUCUUAUUUCUAUUGGAUGUGAUAAGGAAGGAAAGAAUAAAGAUGGUUAUACUCCGCUUAUUUAUGCAUCAGACUAUGGCCAUCUUGCAGUUGUUAAAUAUCUUAUUUCUGUUGGAUGUGAUAAGGAAGCAAAGAAUUAUGUUGGAUGGACUCCACUGCAUUUUGCAUCAAACGAAGGUCAUCUUGCAGUUGUUAAAUAUCUUAUUUCUGUUGGAUGUGAUAAGGAAGCAAAGAAUUAUGUUGGAUGGACUCCACUCAUUUGUGCAUCAGGAGGUGGUCAUCUUGAAGUUGUUAAAUAUCUUAUUACUGUUGGAUGCGAUAAAGAAGCAGGUAUUAAUUGUGGAUGGACUCCGCUCAUAUAUGCAUCAGAAAAUGGUCAUCUUGAAGUUGUUAAAUAUCUUAUUUCUAUUGGAUGCGAUAAAGAAGGAAAGGAUAAAGAUGGAUGGACUCCACUGCAUUUUGCAUCAAACGAAGGUCAUCUUGCAGUUGUUAAAUAUCUUAUUUCUAUUGGAUGUGAUAAAGAUGCAAAGAGUAAUUAUGGAAAUACGCCACUCUUUGGACCAGCAUGGAGAGGUCAUCUUGAGGUUGUUAAAUAUCUUAUUUCUAUUGGAUGUAAUAAAGAUGUAAAGAAUAAUGAUGGAGAUACGCCACUCAUUGAUGCAUCAAAAUGGGGUGAACUUGAAGUUGUUAAAUAUCUUAUUUCUGUUGGAUGUAAUAAAAAAGUAAAGAAUAAUGAUGGAAAAACUCCACUUAUUUGUGCGUCAGAAGAAAAUCAUGAUGAUGUUGUUCAAUAUCUCAAAUCUAUUGGAAAUAACUAA